GAAGAUGCGGGAGGCGGGAGGCGAGAGGCGGGAAGCGGGAGCGGGAACGCGCUGCUCUGUUAAGCUUAAGGCGGCAGUGAGAGAACUAGCAAGAUUGAGCGCCUACUGUAUGUUUCUGCGCUUUACAAAAGAAUUUUCGUUCGGUCUUAACCACAGCUCUUGCCAGAGGGUAUUAACAACCCAUUUAUGGAGGGACAAGCUGAGCUUCGAAGAGGUGAAGUCAUUCGCCGAGAGUCACGGAGCCAGGACCUGGGUGACACCUCAAAUCAGUGUUCAUUUACGCCACGGAGAGUACGAGGAACUUGAACCACUUGUUGGCCGAGUCCCGCUCUUGCUCGUUUUUUUUGCAGAUAGGCUCUUGGUGGGCGUUCAGGAGAAUAAAUGUUGGAAACCUGAGAAUUAGCCUGACAGCUCAGCCUUGGGUACCCCUGCGAAUUCAGCCCAGCACUCGGGGCACCGGGUUUCCCCAACCUUGGAAGAGAACAUUUUAUGGAUGCGCACUUAGAGGAGACACAUCCCAGUUCCCCCACAAGCACACGACGAACACGUGGUUGCGGAGCGGAAGGGAGGAAAGAUUGGGUUCAAAUCAUGACUUUGCUGCUUUCAAGUUGUGUGACUUUGGGCAAGUCAUUUCUUCCAUCAGAACCUUAGUUGCUUUAUCCACAAAAUGAGGCAUUUUAACCCCACUCUAACGCGUUUCGGAGAAUUAAACGAAACAAUGUUCCUAGAACAGUAAACACACAAGUGUUGUCACCCGAUCAUUCCACUAGCUUCAAGGGGCGCAGCAGACGCCAGGUGACCCGCGACAAAGGCUUCCCGGCUCCUGCCUCCAGGUCGUCCACUCCUGGGAGCAGGGACCAACGGGCCUUCCAGUGACCUCUGUCCAGCGAAACCAGAAACUGGCCCCUUGGCGGUAGUCGGUCCGCAAAGCAAAUAUUCAAAUAUUCUUAAACUGCGCAAGGCUAGGGCUGACAUCUUUGAGUUUAUUUUUCUUGCAGUUUUAUUCUUGCUGGUAAAAGUAAUUCGUUAGAAACUCUUAAGUGAGGUUCUCCUUUGUGUCUUGUUUAACUUUUCGCAUAAGUGAAAUCCACAAAUCCGACCAAGAAACUAGAGCGUGGCAGUCCUCCCCGGAAUCCUGGCCCUUGGCAAUAACCUAGCUCCCAGUAUCUCACCCCCAGGCACGAGGCUGCAUUCUCAGGCUUCUCCAGCUCCACCCGCUUAGACUGAUCCUUUUACGUCUCAGCAACCCUCCGGGAUUCCGCGUGUCCACACUGAAGCGAGGGGAGGCGGAGGGCUGGAGCCCAGAACUCGGCUUUCCCGACCUCCCCAAACUCCCGCCUCACCAGGAUUAAGAGAAUAAAUCCCCGACGCCACAGACCAGGUCAAGGACAAGUUCUCCCCCUCCUUACUCCCCCCUCCUGGGCGGGCGAUUCACUCUCCCUAACCGGAUGAAAGGUACUAAAGACAGGAGGUGAAGGGGGGCAUGGCGGCGGGCCCCGGCCCUUGAUGUUCCGGUCGAACAGGUGCUGGUGAAAAGGAGGCGGACCCAGCGGAAGAGUCUGCUAGGGGGGCAGUGGGCUGAAGGUGGGCCGGGCCUCCUCUACCCCUAGUACCUCUACGGGUCUUCCCCUCUUCUGUCUACCCCUCCCCCGCAGGAAGCGUUCUCGGCGCUAGGUCUUUGAAGUGCAGCUGAAGCCCCUAGGGCUGCCUUCUCCCCUCUGGCACCCCACCUCCCGCUGGGGGAUGACCUUUGGUCCCCGCAGGCGUCGAAACCCUUCCUUUAGGAAACGUGUAUGGGUCACAUCUCGCCCCCCCCCAUCGGUCUUGGAGAAGCUGAUGCCCCUUUCUUCUCCCCCAGACAUUAAUCCUUUGGAGUGCUGCGUGUGAGUUCUACUGUGUUUGCGGUUUUGCCUAGAGGUCAAGUGUAACUUGUUCAUGAGCACCUCCGUUGUUUCGAGUCCCUAACUUGCGUGGUCUCUAAGCGCUCCUGUGGGACUGGAACUGGGGUUUGUGUCUCUGGGAGGGUCAGGUGGUGUGGCUGUAUGAAGCUGGGCGUGAGUUUCCCUGUCUGUGGGUGCCUAGGUGUGGUUGGAGUUUGAGUCCCUGUGCGUGCGUGUCUGUAAACUCGACGAGAAGCUCCCCGAGGGCAGCAAUAUCUAUUUUGUUCACUAUAUCCUAGCUGGGGGCACAUAGUAAAUUAUGUUAAGUAAAUAUUUGUCGAAUGAAUAAAUGUCUGCCUGUUAGUGUCUAUCCUCCAGAGUGGAGUCCAAGGAAAGGGCCCAUGAGCGGCCAUCCAAAAUGACCACCCCCCGACACGGAGGGGCUAACGGCCCACGUCACUACUGUUCCUUCUAGCACCCCUUCCCCUUGUCUCCACCCCUAAGUUUCCCCGAGGUUGAAGAACAGACCUAGAGACCAAGACCUGCGUGUAGGGGGUCGGAGAGUCUGAGCCGCGGGGCCCAAAACGGAAGGACAGGCAGAGGGAGGGCUUGGGAGCAACAACCGAGAGCUAUAAAGCGAAAAAGAAAGAAGGAAAAGAUGAACCGAGCGAACAAGCGAAAAGCUCCCUACCAAGCCAGGCUUUGUUCCCUGAACCUAAGACUUUACCCGGCGGCGGGCGGCGGGCCGGGAGCGAGCGGAGGCGCGCGGCCAUGGCUGCCGCGGCCGGGCAGGGGGGCCGGGGGGGCGGCGCGUGAGCGGGCGGCGCGGGGCGGCGCGGGGCGGGCGGGCGCCCGCGAUGUGCCACUCGGCGCCUCCCCCGCCGGGCCCGGGCUGCGCGGCGGCGGGGCGGCCCUAGUAGCCGGGCGAGCGGCGCGGAAGGGGCAAGCCCGGCGUGCGAGUCUCAUUGUUGGGGGGGGGGGCCCGCCGGGGCAUGAGGGCGAGAGCACGGCGGGGGGGGCGGCCAGACAGAGCGAGCAAGGAAGAGGAGGAGGAGGACGCGGAGGAGGAGGAAGGAGGAGGCAAAGAAAAGAAGCGGCGGCGGCGGAGGAAGAGGAGGAGGGGGCGAGGAGGCGCGCGGCCCCCCCGCUCCCUCCCUCCCCCCUGACCCCCGACCCCCGCCGGCCGGCCCCCAGCCCCAGCCCCGGAGGGAGCUCAUGGGAGUAUGAAGGAGAUGGUAGGAGGCUGCUGCGUAUGUUCGGACGAGAGGGGCUGGGCCGAGAACCCGCUGGUCUACUGCGAUGGGCACGCGUGCAGCGUGGCCGUCCACCAAGCUUGCUAUGGCAUUGUUCAAGUGCCAACGGGACCCUGGUUCUGUCGGAAGUGUGAAUCUCAGGAGCGAGCAGCCAGGGUGAGGUGUGAGCUGUGCCCACACAAAGACGGGGCAUUGAAGAGGACUGAUAAUGGAGGCUGGGCCCAUGUGGUGUGUGCCCUCUACAUACCCGAGGUGCAGUUUGCCAACGUGCUCACCAUGGAGCCCAUCGUGCUGCAGUACGUGCCUCAUGAUCGCUUCAACAAGACAUGCUACAUCUGCGAGGAGCAGGGCCGGGAAAGCAAGGCAGCCUCAGGAGCCUGCAUGACCUGUAACCGCCAUGGAUGUCGACAGGCUUUCCAUGUCACCUGUGCCCAGAUGGCAGGCCUGCUGUGUGAGGAAGAAGUGCUGGAGGUCGACAACGUCAAGUACUGUGGCUACUGCAAAUACCACUUCAGCAAGAUGAAGACAUCCCGGCACACCAGCGGGGGAGGAGGAGGAGGAAGCAGCAGCAGCAGUGGCACAGGGGGAGGUGGCAGUGGCUUCAUCUCUGGCAGGAGAAGCCGGUCAACCUCACCAUCCACCCAGCAGGAGAAGCACCCCACCCAUCAUGACAGGGGCCAGAAGAAGAGUCGAAAGGACAAAGAACGCCUUAAACAGAAGCACAAGAAGCGGCCUGAGUCACCUCCCAGCAUCCUCACCUCACCUGUGGUCCCUGCUGCUGACAAGGUCUCCUCCUCGGCUUCUUCUUCCUCCCACCAUGAGGCCAGCACGCAAGAGACCUCUGAGAGCAGCAGAGACUCAAAGGGGAAAAAGUCUUCCAGCCAUAGCCUGAGUCAUAAGGGGAAGAAACUGAGCAGUGGGAAGGGUGUGAGCAGUUUUACCUCCACCUCUUCCUCCUCAUCCUCCUCCUCAUCCUCCUCCUCUGGGGGGCCCUUCCAGCCUAUAGUCUCAUCCCUGCAGAACUCCCCUGACUUUUCUGCAUUCCCCAAGCUGGAGCAGCCAGAGGAGGACAAGUACUCCAAGCCUUCAGCCCCGACCCCUUCAGCCCCUUCCUCUCCCUCAGCCCCUGAGCCCCCCAAGGCUGACCUUUUUGAGCAGAAGGUGGUCUUCUCUGGCUUUGGGCCCAUCAUGCGCUUUUCCACUACCACGUCCAGCUCGGGCCGGGCCCGGGCCCCCUCCCCUGGGGACUAUAAGUCUCCCCACAUCACAGGAUCUGGGACCUCAGCUAGCACACACAAGCGGAUGCCCUCACUAAGCGCCACCCCUGCACCUGCCGAUGAGACCCCUGAAACGAGCCUGAAGGAGAAGAAGCACAAAGCCAGCAAAAGGAGCCGACAUGGGCCAGGCCGUCCCAAGGGCAGCCGGAACAAGGAAGGCACUGGGGGCUCGGCUGCCCCCUCCCUGCCCAGUGCACAGCUGGCUGGCUUUACUGCUACUGCUGCCUCACCCUUCUCUGGUGGUUCCCUGGUCAGCUCUGGCCUGGGUGGUCUGGCCUCCCGCACCUUUGGACCUUCUGGGAGCUUACCUAGCCUGAGCCUAGAGUCCCCCCUGCUGGGAGCAGGCAUCUACACCAGUAAUAAGGACCCCAUCUCCCAUGGUGGUGGGAUGCUGCGGGCUGUCUGCAGUACCCCCCUCUCCUCCAGCCUGUUGGGACCCCCAGGGACCUCAGCCCUACCCCGACUAAGUCGCUCCCCAUUCACCAGCACCCUCACCUCCUCCUCUGCUUCUAUCUCCACCACUCAGGUGUUUUCUCUGGCUGGCUCUACCUUUAGCCUCCCUUCUACUCACAUCUUUGGAACCCCUAUGGGUGCCGUUAACCCCCUCCUCACCCAAGCUGAGAGCAGCCACACAGAGCCAGACCUGGAGGACUGCAGCUUCAGAUGUCGGGGGACCUCCCCCCAGGAGAGUCUGUCUUCCAUGUCCCCCAUCAGCAGUCUCCCGGCACUCUUCGACCAGACAGCCACUGCACCCUGUGGAGGCGUCCAAUUAGACUCUUCUGCCCAAGGGACAACUAACAUGGAGCAGCUGCUGGAGAAGCAGGGCGAUGGGGAAGCCGGUGUCAACAUUGUGGAGAUGUUGAAGGCGCUGCAUGCGCUGCAGAAGGAAAACCAGCGGCUGCAAGAGCAGAUCCUGAGCCUGACCGCUAAGAAGGAACGGCUGCAGAUUCUCAACGUGCAACUCUCUGUGCCCUUCCCCGCCCUGCCUGCCGCCUUGCCUGCUGCCAAUGGCCCGGUCCCUGGGCCCUAUGGCCUGCCUCCCCAAGCCGGCAGCAGCGACUCCUUGAGCACCAGCAAGAGCCCUCCAGGAAAGAGCAGUCUAGGCCUGGACAAUUCGCUGUCCACGUCUUCCGAGGACCCACACUCAGGCUGCCCCAGCCGCAGCAGCUCGUCGCUAUCCUUCCACAGCACGCCCCCACCGCUGCCCCUGCUCCAGCAGAGCCCUGCCACUCUUCCCUUGGCCCUGCCUGGGGGCCCUGCCCCGCUCCCACCCCAGCCGCAAAAUGGGUUGGGCCGGGCACCGGGGGCUGCAGGGCUGGGGGCCAUGCCCAUGGCUGAGGGGCUGUUGGGGGGGUUGGCAAGCAGUGGGGGCCUGCCCCUCAAUGGGCUCCUGGGGGGGUUGAAUGGGGCCGCUGCCUCCAACCCUGCGGGCUUGAGCCAGGCUGGUGGGGCCCCCACGCUGCAGCUACCUGGUUGUCUCAACAGCCUAACCGAGCAGCAGAGACACCUCCUUCAGCAGCAAGAGCAGCAGCUCCAGCAACUGCAGCAGCUCCUCGCUUCUCCACAGCUGACCCCGGAACACCAGACUGUGGUCUACCAGAUGAUCCAGCAGAUCCAACAGAAGCGGGAGCUGCAGCGCCUACAGAUGGCCGGGGGCUCCCAGCUGCCUAUGGCCAGUCUGCUGGCAGGAAGCUCCACCCCGCUGCUGUCUGCGGGCACCCCUGGCCUGCUGCCCACAGCAUCUGCCCCACCCCUGCUGCCUGCUGGAGCCCUAGUGGCUCCCUCACUUGGCAACAACACAAGUCUCAUGGCUGCAGCAGCUGCGGCUGCAGCAGUAGCAGCAGCAGGCGGACCUCCAGUCCUCACUGCCCAGACCAACCCUUUCCUCAGCCUGUCAGGGGCCGAUGGCAGUGGCAGUGGCCCCAAAGGAGGGUCUGCUGACAAAGGAACUUCAGCCAACCAGGAAAAAGGUUAAAUCUACCCACACCCCUGCUGACCCCCCAGUGGAGGGGGUAGAUCCUGGCCUGAGAGGUUCUGGCCUGGACCAGAUACCUGCGCCCAGAGCCUGUGUGGAGGUCCAGGGAGUGUACAGAGCUCCUGGUGCCAGUGAUGAGGACUGAGACUGAGAGAAGAGCCCCUUCCAUCUGGGCUCCUUCCCUCUGUGCACCUGCCCCUCUGUGGGGAGCUCAUAGGAAGGACAGGCUCUGAGCCCACCUAGGCGCGCCCACCCUCAUAAAAUGUUUUGGGGUCCCCCAGAAAGCAUAAGUAGGGCGCUGGUUGAACCUGUCACAUAAUAUGGAUCAGCACUUGAAUGGGAAGAAGUAAAGGGACAGGCCCUGGGCCUGCAUGGAAAUCUUGUAUGGAAAAAGGGCUGGCCCGACUUUACCUGUGGUUCCUUCCCAAUUUGGGCAGAUGGCAGAAGGGAUCCCAUGGACUGUUUCUCACCAUCCUUCCCCAACAAGGGUCACAAGCUGAGCUUGUAAAAGCCCACAGGCGGAGGUGGCUGAGGAAGGGGCAGGAUAGCAUCAUACUCAGUCCCAGCCUCCCUGUCUUAGGGCCCCAGUGAUGGGGAGGGGAGGAGAGGGCUGGUGGGGGAGGCCUCAGCCUUCCUUGGUACCCUGCGCCCUGUUUGCACUAUUGGAUUAGGAGUGCCGAGGGUGGGAAGAUGGAGCUGCCCAACUCAGAGUGUGAGUGAUGGCGUGCAUGUGUGUAUGUGUGUGUGUGUGUGUCUGUCUGUCUGUCUGCCUGCCUGCCUGCCUGUCUCUCUCCCCUGGACCUGGGUCAGCCACAGGCAGGGAUAGGAGCAAUGGUCAGAUGAUGCAGCACCACAGGGGGGAGCUUCCAGCUCUCAUUUGCACCCUCACCACCUCACCAACUUUGGUCCCUUUCUAGGGCACUAAUGGUUAACAAAAACCAGAACAGUACUCCAAUACUGGAGAGUAACAGGGCUGGGGGCUUUGAAUCAGGGUAAAAUCCUGCCUUCUUUCCCCCAGGUCUCACAUGAUCUCAGGGCCCCCUUAGGGCCCCCCAUCUCUAUUUAUAAUUUGGUCCUUCCCUGGCACAAGGGGAGCCCCAGGACUGGGGGGAGGGGGCAAAGGGGGGUAAAGUGCCACUUGUUUUAGCAAAAUUCUCCCUCCCAAGAAUUAGCCAGCCUGCCUCCAGCACCCCACCACCAACCAGGGGAGCUGCUUAAGCUGACCUAUCAACUAUCCCCUCACCCACCAGCUAUUUCCCUAGGGUGUAGUGGGUAAUUCUCAUCCUAAAAGAACCCCCACCUGCCCAGGGCCUUCAAGGCAGAGACCAAGUGGGGUGGCCAGGAGAGCGGCCAGGCCAGGCCUAUGUUCCCAUUCAGUUGCACUGGGUCGGAGUGGAGGGUGGGCGUUCCUGCUUUCCUGAUGCUCCUGUCUUGUCAGUCUCUUUGCAUGUGUGGUUUUUUUUGUGUGUGUGCGUUUCUGUUUGGGUUUUUGUUGUUGGGGUUUAUUUUUUUGUUUGUUUGAUUUUUUUUUUUAAAUAAAGAAAGAAGAUGUGUAUAUUUUUGGCAACGACAGAAAUGUAGUGCAGAUAUAUUUUUGCCUGUGCUGCUCAGCUGUUUUUUUUUUUUCUGAUACUGAAAAUAAUAUUAAUAUUCCUGUUGAUAAGACUUUGUAAGAUGUUAGGGAGCUGAUAAUGGAAGGGGUGGGUGGGAGUCUUUCAGAGGCAAUUUCUUAGGCACUUGCAAGGGCUUGGGGGAGGGGGAGGCAGUUGUGAUGACCCCAGAAAUACUCACUUUUUAUUAAUGCUAAGUAUCAGUUAGAAAGAAAUGAUAGAAUUCAACAUUGUAUCCAUCUUAAUCUAUUAAGCUCUGUUACUCCCUGCCCCCAAACCACUGAAAAGAAAAAAUAACCUUCAGAGAUUCUUAGAAGAGUUGCUCAUUCACACCCCACCCUUGCCCAAUGCUGGCCUACUUACAGCUGAGGUUACUUCUGUUCUGGAUAGUAAGGGAAGUAAAUCCACCUCAAGGCUGCUGCGUGGAAGAGAGUGGUCCUAAAGAUUUAGUGCACUGGAACCAGGACCCCCAGCUCAUCUGCCCUUUCCCAACCCAAAGUCUGGGGUUCUCUCCAAGAGUCUGUGGUCUCUAUCUUUCCCAAGCCUUUUGCAUUCCCCCUACUGGGAUGCUGUGGCAGAUUGCCGGGUUAGAUUUGAAGAAGGAGCCCAGGCUGGGCAUGAAUUGGUGCCCCCCACCUAUGGCUCUUAGGAGAGGUAGAGGCAUUUCCUUCUGAGGAAGCUCAAUAAUAGAAAAGAUCUGGGAGAUCUUUGGGAGGAAGCAGGAUGCCAAUGCCAAGGGUGGCUGUAAUGACCUCACCCUCUCCCAGCCUCACCCCCUGCUUUGACAAUGAAUUUGGAUUAAGGGGUGGGAAGGGACACAGAUUUUUAGAUCUCUAGGGGAGGGGAAGGAUGUGGUUUGCAGAGCGGAAGCCGGUUGGAAGAUGCAUAAGAGUGGAGCUCUGUGUAACAGGAGGGUGGGUGGGUGUGCAUGCAGAGCCACUGUCUGCCGUGGGGUGUCACAACUGGUGCAGUGUCAGAGGUAGAAAGGACCUGUCUUUCCAAGCCUAGCAGGGGCAGGGUUUCAGCAGAGCCAGGACUAGCCUCAGGACCAGGGCCUCCUGAUCUUUGGCUCCCCUGCCCCACUGCAUGGCCGCCACAUGGUUUGCUGUCUGUCCCUGUGUGUGUGACGUGUGAAUGCAGGUUUGUGCUUGGGUGGGAGAGUGUCUACAUAGCACUGACAGUCUUAGCUGAAAGCUGAGGGAUUCUCUCCAUAGACAACUAUACAUGAAGGGUCCUUUUGUUUUUCCUGCUUGUGGGUCAGGCUCCUGGGUCUACUGCUGCCUCCUGAUGUCCUGUCCUUGAGGCUGAUGAGGGGACCUCUGCCCAUUUGGUACUGAGUUUUAGGGAAGUGCUCACCUCAGACUCUUAGGAAGGGGAAUGUGGGGAGCCCAUGCCCAGGGCCAGUUUUGAGAAAGGGUAACCUCCACACUUCUCUAUCCCACACUGGAAAUGAGAAUAGGUUUUCAAAGGCAUAGGCUUCCCCUGCCAGCUUCCAGCAUCUUCCUUGGUUUCCGAUGGAUCAGUGUCAGGGUAGGCAGCUUGCUCCUAGUUCUCCUUUACCCCAGUUUAUUCCCAAGGAAGAGGUACCUAAAGGGACUGAGGUGUCUUCAUCUGGGAACCUAGAGGAAGGUGGGGAAGUAGCCUUGGUGCCCUCCUGCCAUAUCAAUCCUGAUUAAAAGUGUGUCUAAGCUCCUGACCACUUUGUCUUGAUCUACUGAAAACUUGGGGACUGACAGAUACUCUCUUUCCCCGUUCACUUUCUCAAUGUGGGACUUGGGUGGUGGGAUUGGAGACCCAAGCCCUGGCUCCCACCCACCCACCCUUCCAUCCCAGCCUGUUUCCAUGUAGCAGACCUUCCUAGGGAGCGGGAGGGGAAGCCACAGAUUGCAAACCCAGGGGUUCCUUUUUCAUUCUUUCUAAAACCUCCUUUAUAUCCUCAGCCCAAAAGGCAAUGCCCCUUGCCACCUCCAAGCCUGGAAUUGUGCAUAACCCGGAUCUUGUAUCUUUGUAUACGGAUGUUAUUUGUACGAAGGGCAGUUCGUAAACAGCACUUGUUCUUUUAAUAAAAGAAUGUUUUGCAAAAAAA